AUGCCAGGUGCUGGCGCAACCAGCGCUGCCCGCUGCCGGCACCUGCUGCUGCGCCGAGCGCUCAGGACCGGUUCGAGCACUGAGGACCGGUUUAAGCGCUCAGGACCGGUUCCUAGCCGGCGUGGCCCCGCGGGGCGUCCUGCCCUGCCUUCAGCCCGGCACGCCGACCGCCCUCACACGUGUCUUCCAGCAAAACCUCAGGUGAAAGCAUCCCCCCCGUCGCACACGCAGGACCUGGAGCUUAAGGGAGAAAACGCCAAGCAGCGCGUUGUCAAAAGCAGCAGUCAGCUGAGGGUCCCGGUACGAUGGAGAGGUCAGGCAACUGCCGCCGCAGUGACGGAAAGCACAAAACCUCAAAUUCAGCCAGAAGUGCGGAAGCCUAAAACAGGAAUCUUGAUGUUAAACAUGGGAGGUCCCGAACGGCUGGAUGACGUGCAUGAUUUCUUACUUCGUCUCUUCCUGGACAGGGAUCUAAUGACGCUUCCAGCUCAAAAUAAAUUAGCACCAUUCAUUGCCAAACGCCGCACACCGAAAAUCCAGGAGCAGUACAGCAGGAUUGGAGGUGGAUCACCGAUCAAGAAGUGGACGGCGGUGCAGGGAGAAGGCAUGGUGAAACUGCUGGACAGCAUGUCGCCUCGCACCGCGCCUCACAAAUACUACAUCGGCUUCCGGUACGUCCAUCCUCUGACAGAAGAAGCAAUUGAAGAGAUGGAGAAAGACGGCAUCGAAAGGGCUAUCGCUUUCACGCAGUACCCCCAGUACAGCUGUUCUACCACAGGAAGCAGUUUAAAUGCCAUUUAUCGCUACUAUAAUAAAAAAGGGGAGAAGCCAAAGAUGAAGUGGAGUAUAAUUGACCGGUGGCCCACACAUCCCCUCCUUAUUCAGUGCUUCACCGAUCACAUACAGAAGGAACUGAACCUGUUUCCACCUGACAAAAGGAAAGAUGUCAUCAUCCUCUUCUCGGCUCACUCGCUGCCCAUGUCUGUGGUGAACCGUGGUGAUCCGUAUCCUCAAGAAGUGGGAGCUACAGUCCAGAGAGUCAUGGAGAAGCUGAACUACUCCAACCCUUACAGGCUUGUGUGGCAGUCCAAGGUUGGACCAAUGCCUUGGCUUGGUCCGCAGACAGAUGAGGCCAUUAAAGGACUGUGCCAAAGAGGAAAGAAGAACAUGUUGUUGGUCCCGAUAGCGUUUACAAGUGACCACAUUGAGACACUUUAUGAACUGGAUAUUGAGUAUGCCCAAGUUUUAGCCAAUGAGUGUGGAGUUGAAAAUAUCAGAAGAGCAGAGUCUCUUAAUGGAAAUCCACUGUUCUCCAAGGCUCUGGCCGACUUGGUCUGUUCGCAUAUCCAGGCGAAUGAAAUCUGCUCUAGGCAGUUAACCCUCUGCUGUCCGCUCUGUGUAAAUCCCGUCUGCAGGGAGACAAAAGCCUUCUUCACUAACCAGCAGCUGUGA